AUUGCGAAUGAAGCUUGCAGCGUUGGUUGCGUUUGCGUGCGUCGUCUGCGCGAUGGCGACCGGAAGCAGCGCUACGUAUGGCGUGGAUGUGUCUGACAUUGUCAGCGAGGCCGACUGGAACUGCCUCAGUGAUAACGGUUACGAUUUCGCGAUUGUGCGUGCGGGACGCUCGACGGGUACGGUCGAUCUCAAUGCUGCCCAAACCAUCAUCAAUGCGCGUAACGCCGGCAUUCCCUACGUCGACGCUUACAUCUUCCCUUGCUACUCGUGCGGCAACCCGGCUGAUCAGAUUCGCAACAUGGUCAACAACCUUCGCAACGCUGGCGCGUCGUUCGGCAUGAUCUGGCUCGACAUUGAGGGUUCCGGCUGGUCCUCCAGCACGUCUGCAAACAUUGACUUUAUUCAAUCCAUGGCUCAAGAGCUCAUCAACUUGGGUGUCUCGUUCGGAACCUACACCUCGUACUCCCAAUGGUCUCCCAUCACUGGCAAUGCCAACAUUAACGCCCUCAGCUCGCGCCCUCUUUGGUACGCUCACUACGACAACGAGCCGAGCUUUGACGACUUCAGCUCUUUCGGUGGCUGGUCCAAGCCCGCCAUCAAGCAGUACGACGGUGACGCGACCGCUUGCUCUGUCGGUGUCGACAAGAACUGGUACCCUUGAGCUCAAUGGAUUGUGCAAGCAAGCGACCGAAUCUUGUCGUCGUCUUGUUGACUUUGGGUGUUUUGUUGUUUGUCAAUGAAAACACAAAGCGUUCAUGCUUGUGCAUCAGCUUGUCCAGGUUCUGAAUGCCCUUUAGGUGUCGACUGCAUGGAAUGGUUCUCAGUUUGGAUUUUUUUACUUGGUCCAUUUCAAUCCAAAGACAAAUUCAUGACCAAA